AUGUACCGGUGCCUGAGUGAAGCGCUGCUGCUGCCCGGUGUUGAGCCUGCCGCCGUGGAUUCUGUGGCUACCGACCCCGCCACACUGCUGGGCCGGGCCCACAGGGCAGUCAUCAUGGAGGACAAGUUGGUGGAGGACCUCAAGACCCGGGAGACUGAGGAGCAGAAGCAGAACCGGGUGCGUGACAUACUGCGGAUCAUCAAGCCCUGCAAUCAUGUGCUGAGCCUGUCCUUCCCCAUCUGGCAUGACAACGGCUCCUGGGAAGUCAGCGAGGGCUACUGA